AUGGCAAACGUCGCGCUUGAAACUGAGAUAAAAUCGUGGCUGUCUCCAGCCUUGAAAAAAGAAAAUGUGACAAAUUUUUCCGUGAAAAUACAGGGAAACUCGGAAAAAGGCGACGGCUACAUGGGCGACAUAGUUUUCAUCGAAGUGAACACACCUGAAAAAAACUACAACCUCGUCCUGAAGUGCAGCAAACGCUCGAAAGCCCUUCGUGAACAAUCCCAGCUGAAAAACGCCUUUUUACACGAAAUUUUCAUGUAUGAAAAAGUCCAGCCGACUUUUCUCCAAUUCCAAAACGACCACAACUGUGAAAAACCCUUCGUUUCGUACCCGAAAUGUUACGGUUCGUUUAUCAGUGAUGACAUGGAAGUGAUAAUUUUGGAGAAUUUGAAGAAAAGUGGCUUUGAAUUGUGGCCGAAAAAGGAGCCUUUGUCGAGGAAAUUGGUCGAUUUGGUGGUCACAGAGUAUGGGAAAUACCACGCYAUUUCAGUGGCKAUGAGGGAAAAACAGCCUGAAAAAUURCAGGAAUUGYCUGAAACCGUUAUCGAUGUUUUCAAGGAGUUUMGMGAYYAMGAAUCYYUGGWYGAWWUGUUCMRAGCACCAAURSAAGARUCSUARAAUUUGCUCAYGGGAGAAYUUGAUGAGAAAAUUCUCCAAAAYUGGAGGAAWUUCCAAAARAYUGUUMGUUUUAUUUUYAAGAAUUUASAKGAKGGMUUUGAGGGARUGAAAGUGAUUURGCAUGGKGAUUGUUGGAKUAAUAAUUUCAUGUACUUGUUUGAAGAUGGUGACCACAAUCGGCCGUUGAAAGUCGCAAUUKURGAUUGGCAAARCGCYAGAUACACAACACCAAUUUUGGAUUUGUCUUAUUUUCURUUUGCUUGCGUUUCAGAGAAGGAUUUAGAAAAUUUGGACGAUYUUUUGYACACUUAUUUUGACUCUUUUACCAGACAUUUGAAGAGUUUAGGGAUUAGUGAACCGGAAUUUUUGUACCCAAAAAGUGAAUUUCUCGAAGAUUGGAAGAGAUUUUGCAAAUUUGGAAUUCUGAUGAGCGCACUUUUGAUGAAAAUUGUCUCGACUGAUAAAGACGAGGUUAUCGAUAUUGGGGAAAAUGCCGACAAAGGGAAAAGUUUUGCUGAUGGUUUCAUGACCGAUAUUAAAGAUAAGGACAAUUUUAAAAAUCGAAUAAAGUCGAUUAUAGAGUUUGUUGUCAAGAAUGAUUUGAUUUAAAAAACAAAAAAACAAAGUAGUAAUAAAAUUUUUGAUAAUAAUU